CCCGCGGAGCCCGGCCGCAGCCCCAGCCGGAGCCGCGGAGCCCGAACAGCGGACCCCGCGCCCGGGCGGCGCCGGAGCCCCGGCCGGAGGAGGCCCGUGCCCUGGGCGGCCGGACACCCCUUUAACCCGGUGGUCAGGAUGAGGCUGGCAUCGCAAGGCCUGCAGCCUGAGCAGUAGCGCGGCCUGCCAAUGAGGUGAACACCAUGGCUGCAGGGGGUAGCCGGGCCUUUGCCUGGCAGGCGUUCCCACCCAUGCCCACGUGCCGGGUGUACGGCACGGUCGCACACCAGGAUGGGCACCUGCUAGUGCUGGGGGGCUGUGGCCGGGCUGGCCUGCCCCUGGACACCGCCGAGACCCUGGACAUGACCUCACACACGUGGCUGGCACUGGCACCCCUGCCCACUGCUCGGGCUGGCGCGGCCGCUGUGGUGCUGGGCAAGCAGGUGCUAGUGGUGGGAGGUGUGGGCGAGGGCCAGAGCCCAGUGGCUGCCGUGGAGGCCUUCCUGGCCGACCAGGGCGGCUGGGAGCGUCGGGCCGCCCUGCCGCAGGCCGCCAUGGGCAUCGCCACUGUGCAGAGAGAUGGUCUGGUGUAUGCUCUGGGCGGAAUGGGCCCGGACACAGCCCCCCAGGCCCAGGUUCGGGUGUACGAGCCCCGCCAGGACUGCUGGCUCUCGCUGCCUUCUAUGCCCACGCCCUGCUACGGAGCUUCCACUUUCCUGCACGGCAACAAGAUCUAUGUGCUGGGGGGCCGCCAGGGCAAGCUCCCCGUGACUGCCUUUGAGGCCUUCGACCUGGAGGCCCGGACCUGGACCCGGCACCCAAGCCUGCCCAGCCGCCGGGCCUUUGCUGGCUGCGCCAUGGCCGAAGGCAGCGUCUUCAGCCUGGGGGGCCUGCAGCAGCCUGGGCCCCACAACUUCUACUCGCGCCCGCACUUCGUCAACACUGUGGAGACGUUCGACCUGGAGCACGGCUCCUGGACCAAGCUGCCCCGCGGCCUGCGCAUGAGGGAUAAGAGGGCUGACUUUGUGGUCGGCGCCCUUGGGGGCCACAUUGUGGCUGUCGGGGGCCUUGGAAACCAGCCGUGCCCUCUGGGCUCCGCGGAGGGCUUCAGCCUCGCCCGGAGGCGCUGGGAGGUGCUGCCCGCCAUGCCCACGGCCCGCUGCUCCUGUUCCAGUCUGCAGGCUGGGCCGCGGCUGUUUGUCAUCGGGGGCGUGGCGCAGGGCCCCAGCCAGGCCGUGGAGGCUCUGUGUCUGCGUGACGGGGUCUGAAGGCCUGAAGACCUUCCCACUGGAGCACUCAGGGCCAGAGCAGCUGCCUGUGGCUCUGAGGGAUGAGGGAGGCAGGGCGUGGGCGCUGUGACACGGCCUCGAGGAUGGGGCGGGAGGCGCCAUCCUUAGCGUAGGGCAUCCAUAGGCUUCCACCCCCUCACCCCAUUCACUCACGGGCCAGGCCUCGCUCCACCCUUGCUCUGGGACCUACUGGGCCUUCUGUCUGACUGGGAAGUGGGGGAGGGGAGAGCCGGCCUAUGCCCUGCAGGGUCAGUGCCUGCCUGGAGUUGGCCCGGCCUUCCCAGUGACCAUUCCUGAAAAUUCCUGGCUGCCAGCCUGCCUCAGAGGCCCCUGGGACCCAGGAAAGUUGGAGAGGGUGGGGGACACAGAGGGAAGGGAAGAGUGAGCGCAGGAACCUCUAAAAGGUCAAACAUGUUAGCUCUGGGCCCUUUACACUGUUGGCUGUGUGACCUUGGGCCAGUCAUGUCACCUCUGUGCCUCAGCAUCCUCACUAAACGGGGAUCUCCGGAACCUUCCUGCCCUCCCACCUCACAGGGCUGUUGUGAGGACGCGGGGAGUUCAGAUGUGGAAGUAAAAAUGCUG